AUUCGAUGCGCUCGGACUCGGUCCAGCAAAGUUCCAUCAACUUCAGCAGCAGCAAAUAAUUAUAGCAACAACAGCAAGAGCACUGAUCAGAGUAAUCAAGAACAGGAGGAUAAAUUAAGUUCAAUGCUUGCGGAGCAGUGCGCCGUGGAUCAACCCGAAAAGAAGACCCGACAACUGGGCUACACAGAGGAUGAUUUGAAGAGCUUUCUGGCUAGUUCAACCAUCAAAUCAGUUGAUUUGGUUGCUCACAGCACCGCACAACUAUUCCAGCGUUUUAUUGACGCAACUUUUGAAAUAGAGGAGUUGACACUGGCUGAACUGAUCGAUCAUUAUCAUCUUGGUAUCUUAAUGCAGUCGUAUAAGCCACUGGACACAGAUUGCAUGGGUUACCGUUCGGAGUUGUUGGAUGCCGUGUGCAAACUGUCUAUCGAUUUGCCACCCGAUUGCAUCGAAUAUAUUGGCACUGUCCUAUGUGACAGAUUUGUAAUUGGCACGGGCAUGGAGCGUGUGGAAAGGGUCGUCCAAAUGCAACGGGCCCUGACGAUGCUCAUUAUUAAAAAUGAUUUCAGUCGCCAGAUUGCGAUGAGUAUUCUGCUGGCCAUAUUCGCCAAGGUCUCGGGUAUGCCAAGGAAUAAUACCAAUAUUAAUAUUAUCAGUGAGGUCUUCGAAAUGGUCAAGCUAAUUGACUGGAUGCAGCUGAGCAUCACCGGUAAUGUGGCGGACGUAUUUAUCCUGGUGCGCUGCUUCUCGCUGAUCAUCAACUCGCAGCACAAUCGCCAAGCAGAUGCCGAGUGGAACUCUGAAACGAGCAGCAAAAUACAGGAAUAUUUCAUGCUUGUGCUACGAACAGUGCGCUCCUCUCCCAACUAUGGUUUCUUUGAGAUGAUGGUGGAAUGUUACAUAUGUGGCGCAAGCAGUUGCACACGUAAAUAAGUGUGGAAAUUUAGGCGUUUGCAAAACAAGCUUUUUGGGGGCAGCCUAAAGCUCACAACUCUCAAAAAAUUACAUUCAAAAAGUUAUACGUAUUGUAAUGUUGUAUAUAACGCUUUGAAGAAGACGUCU